AUGGCCGAAGGGAUCGACUCUUUGCAAUCCCUGUACUCGCGUUCAGGGAGGUCUUUUUCCGACGGCCCUUCUUUAAAUGCAGCGGUUGGGUCUCGUCGUACUGCUCGACGAGACCAACGACAUCAACAAUCAUCUGGGCAAGAAGCUCCCAGCUGUCCUACGCCGGUGAAUAGCCACGCCAGCGGACGAGGUGACUCGUCCGGACGCCAUUCACAUCGCGGUGGUUCAAAAUAUGCUCCACUAAGAAGCGUUGACCACCGCUUGAGUCCACCAAAGGAUGUGGUGGCGGUUGGAACACCUAAUACUGCUCGAGGGUUGGAUCAGGUUGAUGUUCAAGAGCUGAACCGUCUAACGGAACAGUUGCAAGAUGACCUGGCUCAUGAACGAUCUCGGUGUUAUGGGCUUGAGGAUCUUGUGAGGGAUAAUUUAUAUUCCUUCGCGCACGAUCGUUCGAAAGAUUGUGCCGCGCUUGCGUUCGCACAACUUGAGAACGAACGUUCGACUCGUUCUCUUCGCGACGGCUUGGCUGUAGCUCGUCGAGACAUCGCUCAACUGCGCGAAAAGGUCGCUUCUCUAGUCGACCAGACUGACCCGUUGAAACGGGACCACUCGAAGGUGGUCUCGGCUCUCGACCGCGGAGGUGUUUUUCGCAUCUUGAAGCGGGCUCGUACUGAUAGUACGGGCGGAGACGACCGACGUAAAGCGUAG